UUAAAAAUUAAGGAGAGUUAAAAUAUAUCUUGAAGCUCGUGCACCAGCAGUAGUUUGAGAUCAAUACUGUAUGCCAAAUGUGAUACUGAAGAAAUAGAAUUGCAUAAGACGCGUUUUUCUUAUUCCAUCUAACUGUCAUGGAUUCUUUUGGUUAUGAAGAACCACGAUUUCAAUAAAGUGAUACUUAAAUUACGUUGGUGGAAUUAUAUAAAUAUUACGCUGGUGCAUUUACUUCUGAAAAAUUAGGUAAAACUCACAUACAUAUUUGAAUCGAUAUCUGCAUUUACGUAUGUUUUCCAUUGGGUUUGAAAAAACAAACAUCGGACAUAAAUAGUUUAAUGUUUACUGCAGCUUUAACGUUUGGCAUUUAAAUCGUGUUUAUAAGGCCAGUGCAAGAUGUAUUAUAGUCAUAGUUAAAAUGAUAGUCAAAAAGCGCGCAUCUCACAAGUUGUGAGGAAGAUUUAAGGAUGGGUUACCUCAUUUACCUUCGUUUUUAUUGUAUAUUAAUUAUUGGGUUUAUUGGUCGAGUGUGUACACAUAUGACGGUCAUUAAUGAUAACGAUAAAUGGCAGGAUUUUAACGUUGAACAGUAUACAACAAAUGUGUAUGAUUCCAGUUUAAAAACGACAUUGAUGCCAGCAAAAACAUUGAGUGUGUAUAGUGAACAGAAUGGCAUAAAUGGACCUAUAUCGGUUUAUAAUGAUUAUAUAGGUGGUGAUGACAUGCACAUAAAACAUGAUGAUGAACAAAAACAUGGGAUCCAUGAAAGUGCAGACAUUGACCGUCAUAGCACGCAAGGCCAUAAUGAUAACUAUACGCCAUCAGCUGAAUCAAACGCGUUCAGUGAGGAAUAUGAAGAAUCUAGUUCAAAGGCUGUUUUUAACAACUGUGAGACGGAAAAGAACAAUGGAAAAAUGCAUUCCAACGAAUUCAAACCGGAAAAUAGCCAACAAUACCAAUCAAAAGGCAAUAAACACACGCAUUGUUUUGACGAGGACUUGCAUAACCGACGUCCCAGACGAGACCAACCUGAGCAGAAAUCAUUUGAAAAAGGACUCGAAAUAGACUUCAUACAGAAAGAACUCGGUGAAGAGUAUAUAGUUCCACCCAAGAGGCCAAAACAAAUACCAGGCUAUGUGGCCAUGUUGUAUGACAUUUUAACUGAGCAGGAUGAACGCACACUGAUUCCAGCAAGUUCGGAAAAAAUCAAGUCAAGACCAAAAAUUCGUUUUUAUAGGGGCCUAUUCCACGGUAUCGGGAAAAACAAGUGGAUAUCGUAUGACAUGAAGGACAUUGAUUUAGAGCAGGUCACAAGACUGGAGUUCGUUGUAAAAAUGCCUAAAAUGAAAGAACGCAAUACCAGCAUAAGUCUGUAUGUGGAUGCAGAUACAGACGUUAUCGACAAAGUUGAAGUAAGCUUCGUAAUCUAUGAAGAUUAUAUUGUUUGUGAUCUAUCGGCUCUGAUAACAAAUAAACAACUAAACAAUUUCAAAAUAAUGAACCAUUUGAGUGCAAUUGGAAACACGCAUACAAUUUCCCGCCUCCAGGAGCCGUUGAUUCUUGUCUAUGAGAAUCAUCAGUCGACACCAUAUCCGACUUCAUUCGACGGACUCGCCGGAAGGGAAAAGAGAAAUGCUAAUAAUAUACAGGAAAUAAUGUCGAUAGAUUAUUCAUAUUAUCCGGACAAUCCGACUGAGCUUAUCUGUGGGCGCCAAGACUGGUCACUUCCCAUGGAAGACUUUAAUUGGACAUGGUGGUUGUUACCAACGCAUAUUAACGCAGGUGUCUGCACAGGAUCAUGUAAUUACUGGCCCCAUGCUGCAAACAACACUAGCAGCUAUGUGUUUUUAACAAGUUUGUGGCAUGAAAUUACGUAUGGCUUAAACGAAAUGCUUGUGCCGCGGGCGCACUGCGUACCAAAUAGUUUUCAUCCGAUGACUGUAGCAUAUAUGCCCAACAAUAAAGACUGGGUUUUUGUUCAGAUUCAAGACAUACAGAUAGCCUCGUGUGCAUGUAGGUAAUGCAAACAUUCGACUCUAAGUGAAACAGUAAGGUUUUACCUUAUGAGGAAAAUUAGUAUACCAUUUUCAUAUUUACAAAGCGUUACUUAGUUAUCAAUGUCGAGCACUGUAAUUCUAUAUAUAGUAUAGCGCGAUGUUACUUAAUUUUUGCGUGAUACUGCGUCCUUUUGCGUGAUGUUGUUUCAUGUUUUGUGAUGUUGCAUGAUGCUGUACAUAAUUAUGUAACUGCUGCACGUAAUUACGAAUGUACCGAACGUAAAGACGUUUGCACAGCGCAUAAUGAUAAAACUGCUACACAUAAUGUCGAAUGUACAGAACGUCAAGAAGUUUGGACAGAACAUAAUGUUGUUACUACUUCGCGUAAUACUUUAACUACUGCAUAUAACGAUGAAUGUACUGAACGUAAAGAAAAUUGCACAAAGCAUAAUGUAUAUACCACUGAAAGUAAUGAUUAAUGUACUGCAAACAACGACAACAGUCAUAUGAAGUCAGUAAUGACGUUCCAUACUUUGUCAAUAUUUUAAGUAAGAUUAAAGUCUCAUCUGCCUA